AGUGGGCCAGGCAGGAAGAUGGCGGCGGCAGCGGAGGUGUGAGUGGACUCGGGUCUCUGCAGCUGUAUUUUCUCCUCUUCCUCUGCUUUUCCUUCCCUGUUUGAGAUUGGCAUCGAAGGGGCUGAGUUCGGGUGGCGGCGCCGGGCGCAGCGCAGCGGUCACGGCGACGGCGACGACGGCGGCUGACGGCUGGAAGGGCAGGCUUCCUUCGCCUCUCGUUCUCCUUCCCCGGUCCGCUCGGUGUCAGGCGCGGCGGCGGCGGCGCCGCGGCGGGGGGACUUCGUCCCUCCUCCUGCGCCCUCCCCCCUCAGAGCGGGCACUCCUCUCUUCGCCAUCCCUCGACCCUUCACCCCUGGGACAGGGCGCCUCCUCCGGCGCAGCUCAGGGAGCGGGGGCCGGUCUCCUGCUCGGCUGUCGCGCCUCCAUGUCGGAUAACCAGAGCUGGAACUCGUCAGGCUCAGAGGAGGAUCCGGAGACGGAAUCCGGGCCCCCUAUAGAGCGCUGUGGGGUCCUCAGCAAGUGGACAAACUACAUUCAUGGGUGGCAGGAUCGUUGGGUGGUUUUGAAAAAUAAUACUCUGAGUUACUACAAAUCUGAAGAUGAGACAGAGUAUGGCUGCAGGGGAUCCAUCUGUCUUAGCAAGGCUGUCAUCACGCCUCAUGAUUUUGAUGAAUGUCGAUUUGAUAUUAGUGUAAAUGAUAGUGUUUGGUAUCUUCGUGCUCAGGAUCCAGAUCAUAGACAGCAGUGGAUAGAUGCCAUUGAACAGCACAAGACUGAAUCUGGAUAUGGAUCUGAAUCCAGCUUGCGUCGGCAUGGCUCAAUGGUGUCACUGGUGUCUGGAGCAAGUGGCUAUUCUGCAACAUCCACCUCUUCAUUCAAGAAAGGCCACAGUUUACGUGAGAAAUUGGCUGAAAUGGAAACCUUUAGAGACAUUCUAUGUAGACAAGUUGAUACUCUACAGAAAUACUUUGAUGCCUGUGCUGAUGCUGUCUCCAAGGAUGAACUUCAAAGGGAUAAAGUGGUGGAAGAUGAUGAAGAUGACUUUCCUACAACACGUUCUGAUGGAGACUUCUUGCAUAAUACCAAUGGCAAUAAAGAAAAGUUAUUUCCACAUGUAACACCAAAAGGAAUUAAUGGUAUAGACUUCAAAGGGGAAGCAAUAACUUUUAAAGCAACUACUGCUGGAAUCCUUGCUACACUUUCUCAUUGUAUUGAACUAAUGGUAAAACGUGAAGACAGCUGGCAAAAGAGACUGGAUAAGGAAAUUGAGAAGAGAAGAAGAAUAGAGGAAGCAUACAAAAAUGCAAUGACAGAACUUAAGAAAAAAUCCCACUUUGGAGGACCAGAUUAUGAAGAAGGCCCUAACAGUCUGAUUAAUGAAGAAGAGUUCUUUGAUGCUGUUGAAGCUGCUCUUGACAGACAAGAUAAAAUAGAAGAACAGUCACAGAGUGAAAAGGUCAGGUUACAUUGGCCUACAUCCUUGCCAUCUGGAGAUGCCUUUUCUUCUGUGGGGACUCAUAGAUUUGUCCAAAAGCCCUAUAGUCGCUCUUCCUCCAUGUCUUCCAUUGAUCUAGUCAGUGCCUCUGACGAUGUUCACAGAUUCAGCUCCCAGGUUGAAGAGAUGGUGCAGAACCACAUGACUUAUUCAUUACAGGAUGUAGGUGGAGAUGCCAAUUGGCAGUUGGUUGUAGAAGAAGGAGAAAUGAAGGUAUACAGGAGAGAAGUAGAAGAAAAUGGGAUCGUUCUGGAUCCUUUGAAAGCUACCCAUGCAGUUAAGGGUGUUACAGGACAUGAGGUCUGCAAUUACUUUUGGAACGUUGAUGUUCGCAAUGACUGGGAAACAACUAUAGAAAACUUUCAUGUGGUGGAAACAUUAGCUGAUAAUGCAAUCAUCAUUUAUCAAACACACAAGCGAGUGUGGCCUGCUUCUCAGCGAGAUGUAUUGUAUCUUUCUGCCAUUAGAAAGAUACCAGCAUUGACUGAAAAUGACCCUGAAACUUGGAUAGUUUGUAAUUUUUCUGUAGAUCAUGACAGUGCUCCUCUAAACAAUCGAUGUGUCCGUGCCAAGAUAAAUAUUGCUAUGAUCUGUCAAACCUUGGUAAGCCCACCAGAAGGAAACCAGGAGAUUAGCAGGGACAACAUUCUGUGCAAGAUUACAUAUGUAGCUAAUGUGAACCCUGGAGGAUGGGCACCAGCCUCAGUAUUAAGGGCAGUGGCAAAGCGAGAGUAUCCUAAAUUUCUAAAACGUUUUACUUCUUACGUCCAAGAAAAAACUGCAGGAAAACCUAUUCUGUUCUAGUAUUCACAGUGACUGAAGCAAGGCUGUUGGGACAUUCCAUGUUGGAGGAAAAAAAAUUAAAUGCUCUAAAUUGGAACAUAGGAUCUAUAGCCUUCUCUGGCCCAAGACCUUGGUCUUGUGUGCAAAGAUGAAGAAAUAUUGCAAUAGCAAAGCUGAACCUCCAACACUUGCUGUCUCCUGCUAGAUCUUCUCGCUCAGCACAUAACUAUAAGUACAUGUAAAAUUACAUGUAUAUGGCUAUAUUUUUAUUUGCUUGCUCCUAGAAGAGAAAAAAAAUCAACUUUGAAACA